GAGAAGCAGAUGAAUAGCAAGUUGAAUGUCUGCUUCCGGGGCUUGAGAAUGCAAUUUGGGUUCAUUCUCUCCGACAUUUCUCUAUUUCUAGUUCAUUAUUAUAGUGUACUUGUAUUAUUGUGAACAAUUUACUGCAUUGUUAGGAGCUGGUAACGUGAGCAUUUCGCUACACUCGUUAUAACAUCUGCUAAACCGUAUAACGCGACCAAUAAACCUUGAUUUUGGACUAACGUUAGAGGGUGACGUUUUCUAGCUUCCGAUUCGUUGAGCGCCUGAAAGUGGGAUCAGGAACAAGUAUGAACCGUGUAUCGCUGGUUGUCGGAUUCCGAAACAGACAAACAACAUCUCUAGGCUACACAGAGUGACAUUAAUAAAUGGGUACAACAAUCCAGCUUUACUACGAGAUAGUAGUAGUGAGUAACUAGGAUAUCCGUUCAAAAUGCCCAGUGGCGAUAUGACACGGGUGCUCGGCAUACUCAGCUCUCUGUAUCGGCAUGUGGAGACCCUGGAGGAGUUUGCAAACCAUACUGUAUUCAGAGAGGGACAGAGAGCGGUGCUCAUCGAACCGACAGAUACAACGCGCUUCAUAUCGUUUGUCCGGGGAGUGUUUGUCUGCACGGAUAAAACCCUACAGGACGUCCCCAGCUGCAAUCAGAUCAGCACCGUGCCCGAGCUGUUGGCGUUCGUGUUGAACAACAUCAAGAGGAAAAAGAAACGGAAUGUCCUGGCGCACGGUUAUGGUUACACGUUCCAGGACCGCGACGCCGACCAGUUUAAGUUUCAUGGCGAGAUCACUCAGAGUGCCGCGUACAUCCACGGCAGCGACUUGUGGAAGAGGAUCUGCCAGCGCCUCGGCACGGACGUCUCCAAGUAUCUCCUGGAGAGCUGUUCCUUGUUCGUGACGGUGCCGCCGUCGUCCGCGUUCCAGGUGUGCGGCGUGCCUGUGUACGACCGCGUUUCCAUGUCAACGGGUAUCUCUAGGUUCCACCUGGGAUACAAACGGAAUGGUACUACUAGGAACAGCAGAGGUAGAAGUAAGGAGGUCAGAAACGGGGGAUGGGUAUUUCAGGGUUCUGAUGGGAGAAAAAGGAGAAGGGAUGGAGGUAGAGACACUGGGAAAAGGAAGGGAGACGAGGUCAGUUUGGGAGGGAAGAGGAAGAGGGAAGAGGUAGGUUUGGGAGGGAAGGGGAAGAGGAAGAGGGAGGAGGUGGAAGGAGAUGGGUGUUUGCCUGGAAAAAGGAGAUGCACUCAAAGAGAAUCUCCCACAGUCUCCAGUGGGACUAGCGAUCGGAAGCACAGAACACUGGAAACAAAUGGGGUCAAGAGACCAGUGGAGGUUAUUUCUCUCACCAAGGGACCCACACAGAGCCUACAGGUUUUCAAUGGUUCUAGCAAUGUGGAACAGGUGUCCGCAGAAAUGGAAUGUCUCAGGAAGCCAAUGGAGCAACUGUCUGGACCCGGAAGACCAUUGGAGGCUGUGAUGGUUACCAUAGCGCCCGCCGAGAGCUCUAAACAGGUCUCCGACGGCACAGGUAAUAUCGAGCAGAUGUCGAUGAAAACAGGACAUAAAAGGCCAGCGGCUGUAGUCCAAAGACCAGUAGAAGAACAGUCUGGACACGUAUCGGCCACCGUCCAUGUAGAGGGGGGUCCUAGUUGGAGAACAGGGUCGUUCCCACCACUUCCCCACUCCCAGUGUUUCAUCCGCACCCUGGGCAUGCUCUACGGAGGGCGAGGCAUGCGUCGCUUCCUACUGAACAGGAAGAGGAAAAGUAGAGACGAGGGGCCCAGGCGUCUGCAGGGGCGAGACUUAGUGAGACUGGUCUUUUUUGAAGGCGUGGCCUAUCUGAACGGAACCGAAAGGAAGCCUGAGAGACUUCCCAGAAGGUUUUUCACCUUGGUGCCUCUGUUUUGUCAGUUGCUACGGCGACACAGGAGGUGUCCCUACUCUAAGAUACUGCAGAGGGUUUGUCCAGCAGUGGGACAGGGGGAUAUGGCCUCCCUCCUGCCCCAGCACAGUGCACCUCACCGGGUGUACCUCUUUGUCAGAGAGUGCCUCAACGCGGUGGUCCCCUCGGUGUUCUGGGGGUCGGACCAUAACCGAUUCAAAUUCCUGUCCUCAGUCAGGAACUUCCUGUCCAUGGGCAAGUUUGAGAGGAUGUCAUUGGCUGAGCUGAUGUGGAAGAUGAAGGUGAAUGACUGUGAUUGGCUGAAGAUCAGCAAGACAGGCCGCUACCCGCCCAGUGAGCUGUCGUAUCGGACGCGAGUGCUAGGCCAGCUCCUGGCUUGGCUGCUGGAUGGCUAUGUGCUAGGCCUGGUGAGAGCUGUGUUCUAUGUCACAGAGAGCAUGGGACAGAAGAACGCCCUGCGCUUCUACAGAUACCAGGUCUGGGCCAAGCUGCAGGAGCUAGCUCUCAGUGGUCACCUCUCUAAAGGUCAGAUGUCAGAGUUGACCCUGGCCCAGAUGACGUCGCUCCCCAAAACCACUGUCACCUCCCGCCUCCGCUUCAUCCCCAAGACCGAAGGCAUGAGACCCAUCACACGGGUCAUAGGGGCGGACACCAAAACGAGGUUGUUCCAGACCCGUGUGAAGGAGCUGUUAGAUGUGCUAGGUGUCUGUGUACGGUCCUCUCCCUCUCUCCUGGGCUCUACAGUGUGGGGGUUGACCGACAUCCACAGAGUCCUCUCUUCCAUCACCCCUGCUCAGAAAGACAAACCACAGCCGCUCUACUUUGUCAAGGUGGAUGUGAGUGGGGCCUACGACAGUCUACCCCACACUCAGCUCUUGGAGGUGAUUGGUCAGGUCCUGUCACAUGUGCAGGAAGAGCUUUUCUCAGUGCGAUGCUAUGCCAAGGUGUGGGCCGACACCCAUGAGGGCCUCAAGAAGACCUUUGUCAGACAGGCAGACACUGUGGCGUCCACCAACAUGAAAGGCUUUGUGAUGGCACUGCAGAGAGAGGGCAAAGUUCACGAUGCCAUACUGGUGGAGCAGCAUUUCUCCACAGAUAUUCAUGGCAAAGACGUCUUGGAGUUCUUCACCCAGAUGCUCUCUAGCUGUGUUGUCCAGUUUGGGAAGAAAACGUUCCGUCUGUCAGGGAUUCCUCAGGGUUCCGUGGUGUCGUCUCUGCUGUGCUGCCUCUGUUACGGCCACAUGGAGAACCUUCUGUUCCCUGACGUCAGUCAGAGAGGAGGGUGUCUGAUGAGACUGGUUGACGAUUUCCUCCUCAUCACUCCUAACCUGAGCCAGGCACAGACCUUCCUCAAGACCCUGAUGGCGGGGGUACCACGGUACGGGUGUGUGGUGAACCCCCAGAAGGUGGCUGUUAACUUCCCUUUGGGGGACGGGGGUGAGGGGGGGUCCUGUCCUGCUGGGGUACGCCUGCUGCCUUUACACUGUCUGUUCCCCUGGUGUGGACUAUUGCUGAAUACACACACCCUGGACGUCCACAACAACUACGCCAGCUACGCUGGCCUAUCCCUGCGCUACAGCCUGACGCUAGGCUCCGCCCACUGCGCGGGGCAGCAAAUGAAGAGGAAGCUCAUGUCCAUCCUUAGAUUCAAGUGCCACGCCCUCUUCCUGGACCUCAAAACCAACUCCCUGGAGGCUGUCUAUAGCAACAUCUAUAAGUUAGUGUUGCUGCACGCGUUCAGGUUCCAUGCCUGUGCACAGAGUUUGCCGUUUGGUCAGAAAGUGGGCGGAAACCACUCGUACUUCCUCAACCUGAUCUGGGACUUGGCGGAGUACACCAACCAGCUAGUCAGACUCUGCAACAAAGGUCUCUCUCUAGGCUGUAAGGCUUUAACAGGUAGCCUUCAGUAUGAGGCAGUAGAACUGAUAUACUGUCUGGCCUUCCUGUUGGUUCUGUCCCGUCAUCGCCCCCUCUACUACCAUCUCCUCGCUCCGCUACGCACACGUAAGAGGAAGCUGGAGGGGAAGCUGGAGGGUUUGAGAUUGGCACGAAUCAGACAAGCUGCCACACCCAAAAUGCCUGAAGACUUCAAGGCCAUCCGGGCCUAGAGGAGAAUUUCCACUACUGUGACCUCUUGCCCUCUGCUCCUUGUCCCCUCUUAACCCUAUAACCUCUUAACCCUAUAACUGCGCACAGCAGGUAGGGGAGGGAGGGGGCUUAAACAGUCGGGUCAGAAUACUGUGUGGACAAUUGUAAAUUGUCCCGGUGUCAAUAUUUUGGUUUGGUUGUCUACUAGCUCAUGUUUUGAUUCUGUUGUACUUUUUAAAGCAGACCGAGGUUGUAGGUCAGUGAGUGAUAAGGAUGAAUCAUAAAAGGCUGUCUUUUUUUAAAGUACGUGUAAUAAAGAUUUCUGUAAGAUCAA